AUGGGGUCUCUUUUGUUGCUGCAAUUUCAAAUCAUUUUGUGUCUACAUCUGUUCUUCACUUCUUUCUCUUCGUCUUCGUCUUUGUCUCCGCCUUUAUGCCAUCCUGACCAAAACUCUGCCUUGCUUCAACUCAAGAACUCGCUAAAAGUUGAUGGAUGGGAAAAUGGAACAGAUUGCUGUUCGUGGCCUGGUGUCACGUGUGAAUCCACGUCCGGUCACGUGAUUGGUCUCGACCUCAGCUGGCGUGGGCUUGAAGGUAAAAUCAAUUCUACAAGUAGUCUUUUCCAUCUUACUCAUCUCCAAAAGAUCAACCUUGCUCAGAAUGGUUUCUAUGGUCCUCUAUUACCAUCUCAGUUUGGCGGCUACUGGCUUCAGAAUUUGACAUCUUUGAAAGUGUUGGUCUUAAGAGGCAAUAAGUUUUAUGGUCCUGUUGGUAAUAACUUGACAACCAAGCAUCCAUUUCCAAGUUUAAUUAUCUUUGAUGCAUCUGGCAACAAUUUUAGUGGCCUGUUGCCAAAAGACUUCAUUGAGAAUUUCCAUGCCAUGAAGAAUGUUGUUCAUGCUGAAGUGGGAAGUGUUUUGAGUUACAUGAAUAGUCGCUUUUACUCUGCAAUAAGUUAUGAAACUCAACCAGAGUAUGCUAACUCAUUGAUAGCAACACUUAAAGGGGUCAGCAGAGCUUACACAAAAAUUCCAACCAUCUUUGUAUAUAUUGAUUUGUCAGAGAAUGAAUUUGAAGGAGAGAUUCCAAAUGUUAUAGGAGAGCUUCAUGCACUCAUAGCACUCAACCUUUCCCAUAACAAACUCAUUGGUUCUAUUCCUCAAUCCAUGGGAUUUUUGACAGAACUUGAAUCAUUGGACCUCUCAUCGAAUAUGCUCACAGGUCGGAUCCCAAAUGAAUUGACCAAUCUAAACUUUCUUGGGUUCUUGAAUCUUUCCAGCAACCAUCUUGUAGGACAAAUACCUCGAGGAAGACAUUUCGAUACAUUUCAAGAGAAUUCCUACCAAGGGAACAUGGGGUUAUGUGGAUUUCCAUUGCCAAUACAAUGCAACAAGAUCCUUGAAGAAGAACCUUUAUCCUCUCCAACCAAUCAAGCUGAAGAAAAAUUUGGAUUUGGUUGGGAGCCAGUGGUAAUAGGAUAUGGAUGUGGAACUGUGUUCGGAAUAGGAUUGGGGUGCUGUGUUUUCUCCAUUGGAAAGCCUCAGUGGCUUGUCAGAAUCUUUGGAGGGAAUCCUAACAAAGAGAUGAAAAGGAAGAGAGUAGCAAGAACAAAUUAAUGGAUAUAUGGCAUAAUAGAUGCAUGUCUUGUUGCACACUUCUUGGGACCAUGAAACACUGUCAAGUUCUUUUGGCAUGUUUGGUUGCAUUGUAAUACAAACUUGUACUAGUAUUUAUAUUUU